GCGAAGUUGGGGAAUUCUGGGAUUUGUGUCUAUUUAUAUUGUGAAGGCCUUACGGCCGGUGCCGCCGACCCAGAAGGACGACGACGACAACAACGACAACGACGAGCUGAUGACCCUGCCGCAGGCUGGACCGUGAAGCGGAGUCCAAGCUCAGCGACGUGCUCGCGAAGUACGACAAGGAGAAGCGCCGCGAGUACAUGGCGGAUCUGGACAAGCACCUCGAGACCUCCAGCCGCCCAUCUGCGAUGAUCAUGAUGUCGCUCAAGAAGCUCGGGGAGGGUCUUCCACUGGGCAGGCCUGGGCCACCUGCGCCUGGGUGCUGGCUCGAGAAGCAGAAGCGUCAGGAGAAGGCGGGGGCGGACGACAAAGACAAGGAGAGGGAUCGCGACGGGCACCGCGACAAGGGCGGCCGAGACCGCGACAGGGAUCGUGACCGAGGCGGCCGCGCUCGCACCGCCCCUCGCCGCCGCCGCUGCCGCCGAU